AUGUUCUUCUUUUAUGCGUCCUCCUGGCUGGCAAUGCGCGCAUCUGAUUGGCUAAUUGUGCAGGGAGGGUACUACACGGCAGCCAUUGCAAUGCGCUCCUCUCCCAUUAUCCCCUUUAGGAGAGAUAACCAAGAGGCCCCCUCCCUUGCCUCAGCAUCCACCCUCCUUCUCCCUGCCCUGCCUUUCUUCCUGCCCCCCCUCUUCACUCACAUGCAGAGCACAGUGAAUAGGCCUCCACCUGCACUUUCAGAGCAGAUGGGUGCAGUACAAGACAGCAGACUUAUUUUUCUCGCUCCUCACACUCACUUGUCCUCUAGCAAAGCCUGA